UAGUACCGAACUGUUAGCUGACUACUGCUGUCUUACUUAGAUCAUGAGUCCCACCUCUCAUAAUAAGUGAGCUCAACCAAGCCGCAAAACGGUGCCAAAUAUAGUUUUCUCUUAAUGCAUUGUUGCUAUUUUUUGAUGUUAAAAUCUCCUGGUGGAAACUGAUCAUGUUAGUUUGCUGAUGCUGUGAAGCGUCCUGAAACGAGAUGCAAAGCUGUGGAAGAGUUCUAAAGGGUAACGCGAAUAGAUAUUCAGGCCUACUGAAUACGUCUGGGCUGAAAUGCAUCUUCAUGAGUAGAACACCUACAGCAGACAAAACAGAGUAAACUUGGGCAAGUGAUCAUUUGAACUAGUUUCCUCUUCUCUGACAAGGCAAUCAUAGCUCAGAAGGUGAACAGUGACCAUCAAGGAUAGAGACGGCUUGUACAAUCAGGGGGCAAAGAGGAGCCGCAGGAUUGUCUGGAAUGGCAGGUGGUCGGAGAGGAGCCAACCGCACCACGUACUGCAGGUCUCCACUGGGCAGUGAACAGUCUGUCGGCAAUGGAAGUCACUCCACCAGCUCCCCAGUUACAGGGGUGCGUUCACGGACAAGGAACGGCUCGGGAACUGGCAUGUCCAGCCCUCCUCUGGCUGCCCAGACAGUUGUCCCUCUGAAGCACUGCAAGAUUCCAGAACUCUCCAUGGAGAAGAAUGUGCUCUUUGAGCUCCACCUGUUCUUCUGCCACCUCGUUGCACUCUUUGUCCACUAUGUAAACAUCUACAAGACAGUAUGGUGGUACCCACCAAACCAUCCACCCUCCCACACCUCACUGAACUUCCAUCUUAUUGACUACAACAUGUUGAUAUUUACCAUCAUCGUGUUGGCACGCAGACUUAUAGCAGCAAUUGUGAAGGAGGCGUCUCAGAGUGGGAAGCUCUCAUUUCCUCACUCCAUCUUCCUGGUGACUGCUCGCUUCGCUGUGCUCACUCUGACUGGCUGGAGCCUCUGUCAUUCCCUCAUCCACCUCUUCAGGACCUACUCAGUGCUGAGUCUACUGUUCCUUUGUUACCCAUUUGGAAUGUACAUCCCCUUCUUCCGGAUCAACUGCGACUUUAGCCGUGCCGGGCCCCUCUCGCCCAUCACCAGCAUUGGUGCCAAGGAGAUGGGCAGCAUGGCGCGUGGGCGCGACUACCUCUCUGUGCUAAAGGAAACGUGGAAGCAGCACACCAGCCAGCUGUAUGGCGUGACCGUCAUGCCCACACACGCCUGCUGCCUGUCCCCUGACUUGGUGCGCAAGGAGGUGGAGUACCUGAAGGUGGACUUCAACUGGCGGAUGAAGGAGGUGCUGGUCAGCUCCAUGCUCAGUGCCUACUAUGUGGCCUUUGUGCCCGUAUGGUUUGUCAAGAGUACUCAGUAUGUGGACAAGCGCUGGUCGUGUGAGCUCUUCAUCCUCGUGUCGGUCAGCACCUCGGUCAUCCUCAUGCGCCACCUGCUGCCGCCCCGCUACUGCGACCUCCUGCACAAAGCGGCUGCCCACCUGGGCUGCUGGCAGAAGGUGGACCCUGCGCUCUGCAGCAACGUCCUGCAGCACAUCUGGACAGAGGAGUACAUGUGGCCACAGGGGGUUCUGGUCAAACACAACAAGAACGUCUACAAAGCUAUGGGCCACUACAAUGUAGCAGUGCCCUCAGACGUUUCCCAUUAUCGCUUUUAUUUUUUCUUCAACAAGCCCCUUCGAAUAUUAAAUAUCCUCAUCAUUCUAGAGGGAUCCAUGAUAUUUUACCAGCUCUACUCACUAAUGUGCUCCGAGAAGUGGCACCAGACAAUAUCAUUAGCCCUCAUCCUGUUCAGCAACUAUUACGCUUUCUUCAAACUGCUACGUGACAGAAUAGUUUUGGGGAAAGCGUAUUCAUACACAUCAAGCUCAGAUCAGAAAGUCAGUUAGUGAAGCCAGCUAUUCACUCAGCAAGUCAAUCAUUUUGUCUUCACAACAAGAAAAGAGACAAAACAGCAUGCAUAAGAGCUUUUUAUUUUUUCUACAAAUGCAUUUUGUUUUUGUUCUGAUCUGCCAUAUUAAAACAGAAAGAUAUUUUUGUA